AUGAAUACUAUAUCAGCCGAAUCAGGCAACAAAAAAGAAAGUCUUUCAUCGACAAAUGAAACCCAUGGUGCACAAGUCACUUAUCAUGCCUAUCCUACUGUUUUAGAAGCCUUUGAGAAGAAAAUCUAUGGUCUAGGGUCAAAAUUAAGCGGCUUGGCUUUACUGAUCAAAAAUACACGUAAACUGUGGACCACAAAGGAAAUGAAGUGUUUUCUAGAGUGCUACUUGGCACGAAAGGAAGAGUUUAUGGAAACCAGAAAAAAAAGACUUGGAUAUCAACAUGUACUUGAGGACAUGAUAGCACAUGGAAUUGCAGAUGACUUUACUCCAGUCUGCUUAGAAAGAAAAAUGCGCACACUUCUAAGUGCAUUUAAAGCAGCCAAAGAUAACAACAGACGGACUGGUGCAUCGCCAUGCUUACCACCCUACAUGGAGUUGAUGAACGAAAUAUUUGGUGAUAAACCAAUUAUUUCAAUUAAUCACACUGCGACGUUAGGGUUUGACAGCUAUGUUGAAGACAUAGAGGUGCUGGAAGAGUUGGAAAUAAACAUUGUGCAAACGAACGCUGAGCUAUCGCCAACGCAAGAAUCACUAACGGAAGAAUCGCCGACGCAAGAAUCAUCAACGCAGGAAUUGCAAAUGCAGGAAUUGCCACAACCUUCAAAAUUUAACCGCAAAAGAAAAUCUGUGCGUCAGGAAUAUUAUGAUAACAAAUUAUUUGUUAAGAAAAGAAUAGAGGAAGAGAAAUUAAAAUUUUUUAAAGAAACUAUGAAUGAACUGAAGCAAAAAAUAAUUAAGAAAUGGGAUAAUGAAUUGAUAUUAGAGGAAAGAAAAUUGAAAUUGGAGGAAAAUAAAUUCAAGUUACUUGAAAAACUUACGCAAAAUAUGUUUCAAAUAAGUUUCUAG